AUGCGUUACGUUUCUGCUUACCUCCUUGCGGUCGCCGGUGGAAAUCCAUCUCCAAAGUUGGAUGAUUUGAAAAAUAUCCUCGGUGCUGUUGGAGUGGAUACCGACCCUGAGGCAGCCAAGCUCGUCAUUUCACGGCUACAAGGAAAGAACAUCGAAGAAGUUAUAGCCGAAGGCGCUGCUGGUUUAGUAGCGGUGAGUUCCUAUUUUGUCUGGAUUUAG